GAAAGCCAUUAUUUAUUUCCUUCUGCUUAUUCGAAUCCAACAGGAAGAGAAGAAUAGAAUAGAAGGGAAGAGCAGAGCAGAGCAAAGCUCGUUACGCAGAAGAAAACACAAAACCCAGGAGAGAAGGAGAACGAUAAGAAGAGAGAAAAAUGUCGUGGCAAACUUACGUCGAUGACCACCUCAUGUGCGACAUUGAGGGCAAUCACCUUACCGCUGCAGCCAUCAUCGGUCACGACGGUAGCGUAUGGGCCCAGAGCAGUUCAUUCCCUAAGUUUGAGACCGAGGAGAUAAAUAGCAUUAUGAAAGAUUUUGCUGAACCAGGCUACCUUGCCCCAACUGGCUUAUUUCUUGGGGGCACAAAGUACAUGGUAAUCCAAGGAGAGCAAGGAGCUGUCAUCCGUGGGAAGAAGGGAUCUGGUGGCAUCACCAUAAAGAAGACCAAUCAAGCUCUAAUUUUUGGUGUCUAUGAGGAGCCUGUGACUCCAGGACAGUGCAACAUGGUUGUUGAGAGGUUGGGGGAUUACCUCAUUGAACAGGGCCUCUAGGUCUCCAUAUCAAGACUCAAGAGUCCCUCCCUUGUCUUUGUUUUUUACUUUUUUCCCCCCAUUUCUUAUGUAAUUCUUUUCCAUUUUUGCGUCCUCCCUCCCUAUGAACUGGCAAUGGAGAUGGUGCAGAUAAUAACUGUCUGAGGACGGUAACAGUUAUUUGGAGUCUUAGGGGUCAUCAAAUCUUUUAUUUUCAUGUCUA